AGAGAGAAGGGACUGUGCUGCUGCCAGUUCCCUGCCCACUCCUGGAUGCUCACAGCAGGGAUCAGUAUGUGGGGGAUUAGGUGCUGAAAUCACAAGAAUCACCUUCGUCAGCCAGAAUGCUGUCUGGAUUUUCGAAUUUGUUACAUCCGCGGCCAUGAAUUUGUUUUUCAGUCAACACUAAAUCAGAAAUGCUUGGAAGGAUGAUGUCAUGGAGAUAAAAAGAUAAAACAAAGCAAAAAGGCAAAAGAAAAAAAACUGCAACAAAAACCCCCCACAAACCCCUGCCACUGAAACAUCACAAUCUGAUUGGUGCUAAUAUGCCUCAACUUGAUGCAGCUCCCCUACACUCUGGUAACUUCUAACCUGCGAAGCAAAGUCAACAAAAAUGAGCAUCACAUUGAAAAAAGGCAAUCUCAAGUAAAGUUGAGAGAACAUUCCUGGAACAUUGUAUUCUUCAUGGAAACAACUGUAAAGAAAAAGAGUUUGAGCCAGCAUAAUAAAACUCUGCCAAGUGCUGGAAAGGCCCCUGCUAAUAUCUCUGCCAUUCUGCCUUCAAAACAGAUUGCAACAUCCAGUGUGUCAGAUCUUCCCACAGUUUUGCCAGACAUAGUGAGUUUAGAUUCCGUAGUAAAAGCAAGCCCUGGGAAAAGAAGACCAGGCACUGUAAUAAUAUCAAAACGGUCAAACACUGCAAGCAUGUCUCAGAGUCAGUUGAAUCGACCAGUCAUUCCAUCAAAGAGACCUGGCUUUAGGGUGUGCUAUAUCUGUGGCAGAGAAUUUGGGUCACAAUCUCUUGCCAUACAUGAACCAAAAUGCUUGGAGAAGUGGCAUAUUGAAAAUGACAAAUUACCAAAGCAUCUCAGAAGAGCAGAGCCUGCUAAACCACAGUCCCUUACUGAUGGCACCUACGACAUUAAGGCUGCAAAUGAGACAGCUUAUCAGAGUGCUCAAGCUCAGCUCUUACCCUGUGAAAACUGUGGUCGCACUUUUCUUCCUGAUCGUCUCCCUGUGCACCAAAGGAGUUGUAAACCAAAGGAUGGUGGCCUGGGCCCUUCAAGCUCUAACCCCCCAAAAUCUGUGAAAGGCCCUAGCUCUGGCCUUGUAUCUGCAGCACGUACUGAUCAAUCUAGUAAAGUUCAACAAACAUGUGGGGGUGCACCAGCCGUACCAGAUAAGCCACCAGUGAUCAGACGGCCACCCACUGUUGUUUGUUACAUAUGUGGCCGUGAGUUUGGAACUAAAUCUAUUGGCAUCCAUGAACCACAAUGUCUGAAAAAAUGGCAUAAUGAGAAUGACAUGCUACCCAAACAUUUACGAAGACCUGAACCUAAAAAGCCAGAAGUCAGAUCCUUAGGAGGCAAACUAGCUCCUUCUUUGGGAAAAAUGAUCUGUGCAGCAAACACAUUUAUAGUCUCCUGAUGACAAUUUUUGGUGAGCUGUCUAUUCUGUUUUAGCAUUCUGCAACUGUCAGUCCAUCAGCUACUGCCUACUUUGGCAUACUGAAAGUUUGUUGUUAUUUUUACUAAAAGUAACAUUAUUGGUUUUGACAUGAAGGGUUUGAGUGCUUGUUUUUGUUUUUUUUUUAA